AUGCCUCUUUUUGUUCGUGCUAUCAGCAGUACUUUAUCUCUCAUGGUGGAAAAACGGGCUACUGCCAAGGUCCUAACGCUGAUGGGACACACAGGAGAGGAACAUGAAGCCCACUCAGGGCCAGAACCAGUUCUCAUUAGGGGCUACUUGGAUGACCAGCCCAUCAUCCGCUUUGACAGCCUCACCAGGAAGACGGAGCCUCUGGUGCCCUGGGUGGAGGAGGUGGAGAAGGAGAUGUUUCUGGCCCUGAGUGGGUCUUCAGGGAUGACCUGGAUAAGUUAUCAAAACUGGACUACCAUGCUGGAGGAGAGGAAUCCUGGACCCUUUUCAUUCACAUCCAUUCUUUCUGGAUUUCUUUCAGGGCGUCUCACCUGGCAGGUGAAUUUGGGCUGUGAACUCAGGGAAGAUGGGAGCAAAAGAGGAUUUUUGCAUUAUGGCUACGAUGGGAGGGACUUCAUCAGCUUCGACAAGGAGACUCUUACAUGGGUGACAGCUCAGCCCCAGGCCCAGAAGGUGAAGGAGAAGUGGGAGGAGGACCCAAGGUGGUCCCACGGAAACAAAAUUUUCCUGGAGAAGACCUGCAUUGAGUGGCUUCAGAGAUACCUGUCCUACCAGAAGGAGGUUCUGCAGAGGAUUGAGCCUCCGGUGGGGAAGGUGACUCACAAGGUGGUGGAUGACAGCCUGGAGGUCCUCAUCUGCCAGGCCUUUGGCUUCUACCCCAAGGAGAUCCAGGCCACCUGGAGGAGGGACAGAGAGGUCUGCCAGAAUGAGACCCUCCGAAGGAACGUGGCCCCCAACUCAGAUGGGACCUAUUAUGUCUUGCUCAGCAUUGAGAUCCACCCCAAGGAGAGGAACCACUUUCAGUGUCACCUGGAGCACAAGGGCUUGCGGGAGCCCCUGGUCUUGGCCUUGAAGAAGGAAACAGCUAGAAUAUGGUGGAUUUCCUUGGGAAUUGUGAUUGCCAUGAUCUUGAUUCUCUUCCUGAUAUGCCAGUGGUGGAGAUUUAGGAAAAAUAUAUCCCAGCAAGUGAAAUCUUAUUAUAUUUUUCCUUAAAUGGCUGCUUUUCCCCUUGUUUAUGGUACAGGUGGUGAGAUUCAAUCACAGACAAUUCUCCAACCCCAAGUACCUGUAGAGGUGAGUCUGAUUAUUGCUGGAGUCUCAACACAAAACUCUGGACUUGGAAUACACCAGAAACU